GCGUCGCAGGUCCCACCGGUGCCGCCGUGGUCCCCGGCCCCGGACAGCGAUCUGUGGUCGGCUUCGCUGGGAGUAAAAAGCACUCAGUCCAGAAACACUUAGGGAAAGCUUGUGCGAGCCAGUGCGUGGCGGAGCUGCAGAGCUUGGGAUGUGGUCAUGUCAGCCAGACUUCUCAGCGCCCUGGCCGGAUCUCACUGUGUUCUAUCAAAAGCAUGUCAGUGCCAAAGACUUGUUCAUCGGACAGGAAAACCACUUAAGGAAUUUAAGAGUACAACACGCGGUACCCUGGCAAGAAGUCAAACCUUGGAUUUGUUCUUUCCUGAUACAGCAGCCAUCAGUUUGAAUAAGCCCCAGACUCUGGAAAUGAACCAGAACAUAGCAAAUGCAAGCCUGUUCUCUGCAUUCAGAACUGCACGUUGCCAAGAUGAACAGGCGCAUCUCCCAACCAUCAAGUCUUCUAGUACUCACUGGGUGACUCACAAACCAAAUCGAUUUGGUCCUAAGUGGUUUAUGAAAAUAAUCGAGAGGCAUUACUCAUCUACAUCAACAGAAACGGUUGUUCCUAAACAAGACUUCCCACAAAUCAAGAGACCACUAAAAGCAUCGAGGACCAGGCAGCCGUCCAGAACCAACCUCCCAGUUCUGUCUGUGAACGAGGACCUGAUGCACUGCACGGCGUUUGCAACUGCAGAUGAAUAUCACCUGGGCAGUCUCUCUCAAGAUCUGACCUCUCAUGGAUAUGUUGAAGUAACAAGCUUGCCUAGAGAUGCAGCAAAUAUUUUGGUGAUGGGUGUGGAAAAUUCUGCAAAAGAAGGAGAUCCUGGAACAAUAUUUUUCUUCAGGGAAGGAGCUGCUGUGUUCUGGAAUGUAAACGAUAAAACUAUGAAGCAUGUGAUGCAGGUUCUGGAAAAACACGAAAUUCAGCCCUAUGAAAUCGCACUGGUGCACUGGGAAAACGAGGAGCUGAACUACAUAAAAACAGAGGGGCAGUCGAAACUUCACCAAGGGGAGAUCAGGUUAAAUUCAGAGCUGGAUUUAGAUGACGCCAUUCUAGAGAAAUUUGCAUUCUCGAAUGCUCUUUGCCUUUCAGUGAAACUGGCUAUUUGGGAAGCAUCACUGGAUAAAUUCGUGGAGUCUAUUCAGUCAAUUCCAGAGGCUUUAAAAGCUGGGAGGAAAGUGAAACUAUCUCAUGAAGAAGUUAUGCAGAAAAUGGGUGAACUCUUUGCCCUAAGACACCGUAUAAACUUGAGUUCAGACUUCCUGAUCACUCCUGAUUUCUACUGGGACAGAGAAAACCUAGAACAACUUUAUGACAAAACUUGUCAGUUCCUAAGCAUUACUCGUAGAGUUAAGGUCAUGAAUGAAAAACUUCAGCACUGCAUGGAGCUGACAGAUCUAAUGCGGAACCACCUGACUGAGAAGAGGGCCCUGCGCCUGGAGUGGAUGAUUGUCAUCCUUAUCACCAUAGAGGUAAUGUUUGAGCUGGGACGAGUAUUUUUCUAAUCAAGUGAUGACCAAAGGAAAAGUAUGAUUGCAAGACAUAUUCAAGUUCUACAAUCAAAAAUAAAUGUUCACGGUUGGGGGAAGUCUCUUAUUUAAUAGGUAUUUAAUUUUUUUAAAUCAAAUAAGUUGUUAUAAUUAUCUUUUUCAGCUCCUAAAUGUACUGCUGCUUGAAUAAAAAUUAUGAAAGAUCUAGUGUUUGGGUCUGAUAACACUGACAACUUGAAAGCAAAAUAUUUAAAGAAUUUUGGAUAAGCUUAGCAUCUAGGAAAUCUAGGCAAAGAUACUUAUUAGAUCCUAAGGCUUAGAUUUUGGACACUGCUCUUAACCUGUCCCCAGGGAAUCCCAAUCAUGGUCCUGGCUAGGAAAACUAUGCAGGAAAUCAGAAAUGUUAAAUACAUAAAAUAAGGUAGGCAUUUGAUAGAAUAUAAUUUUAUAAACCUAUUUUAGAUGGCAUAAUUUGAGAAUGAAUGUUCACUGGCACUUUGCCUUUCAUUAGUUUUUGUGGGGUUUUGGGGUUAAUCCUCACCCAAGGAUAUUUUUUCCAUUGAUUUUUACAGAGUGGAAAGGAAG